CGAUGUAACGCACAUGGCCGGAUUCCUGUUCCAGGUGCACCGAUCCCUCCUCACGGAAGUCCUCCUUCCGCUCCAUGAGCCCAAUCAGAUGGCAGUGUGGAGCAUUCAGCAACCUCUUAUCGAGAGCUACCACGAAGAUCUCGUGGGUUGCCUGGUGUCUUUUCUGGAGCUGCAGCCGGAGAUGGUGGAAAUUGUUUUCGAAUCCAUCGCUACGGCCUGGCCUCAAGGCUUCAACAGCAACACUCCAAAGGAAGUGCUGCUGCUGCACGAAGUGGGAACGUUGAUCAGGUUUGUUUCACCAGAGGCAAGCAGCGCGGUGCUGGAAAUUAUCAUGCCGAAGAUUCUCGCGUGCCUUCGGGUCGAGAACAGCAGAGUGGUCGAACGGGCGCUUUACCUCUUCAAGGAUGAACAUCUCUUGGAUGUAUUGGCUGCGAACACGAGCACGACAUUUCUACCGCUGCUAUCUGCACUGCUGAGGGGUGGGGAGCCUUUCUGGAACCCAACUGUCAAUAAGGCGAGUGACAAUUGGAUUAGCAAUGACUCUUCCAUGAAGCAGAUGACAGCCCGAGUGCUAAAGUCCCUGGAGGACAAGGAUAGCACCGCGUUUGCUGCCGCAUGCGAAACUUUGUGGGGUCAGGAGCCACGUCGCGUGUCCGACGCCGAAAACAAUGCGACCCCGACACCACAAAGAGAGGUGCCUUUUCGACCCCAGUCCAGCAGCAGUGGUCUCCUGCCUCCCACCACCCUGAAGGGUGCGAUGGGAAACUGGCGGCCUUCAGUGAGUGGUACCGGGCGCGGUUCGGACACACGAACACCCCCUGCCGCCGUCACCGGGGUCGCGCCGUGGGCCUUCAAAUCGCCCAAGCCACCAACUCGAUUGGGAGGGAUGGACCGCCUGCAGACGACGGCGGAUGGCGUACAACGGAUCAAACCGCCGGUUCAAUCGCUUAAAAGACUGCGGCCAGGCGUUCUGGAGGGUGAGGGGCAUUCCCGUAAAGGCGACGGCUCUCGAGUUGGAGCACCACAGUCUGCAAAAGCUUCCGCAUAUCCCAGCUUGGCGUCUCAACGUUCGACUGGGUCUUCAUCGGCGACGUCAGCCUCACUUGAAUGUCAAGGCGGUACGAAACCGCAGAUCAAGAGCGAUCCUCCAGUGGCCAAAAGCGGCGGUGAGGACCCCAUAGACGCUGCUGCCGCGGUGAAACAACAGGGACCGGGACUCAGGAGAGUACGAGAAUUCAUUCUGAAGAUCAUACCAAACACAACGGAGGAAUUAUCAGGUCCUUCGUGGCAAGAGCUACAAUUAGAACCAACACCCACACUUCUCCCGGAGUUGAGGUUUCACGAUCUGGUCUUCGGGCAUGAGCUUGGCUCGGGAAGUUUCAGUGUUGUGAAAUACGCCCGACAUAUCACCAAAGGAAGAUCCCGAAGCCAGUGGCCAGAGUUUGCUGUGAAGAUUAUCAGCACGACGAAGAUCCAGGUGGUCACAAGUCGGAUGGGUGAAGCUCAAAGUCUCGCAUUCAUCGCUACCGUUGUUGCCUCCGUGAUUCGGCAUGUUCCGCAGGAGCUGAACUACGAAAAAAGCGUCACGAACGAGAUUGCGUGUUUGCGCAUGUUCAGCCACCCAGGCAUCGCGCGGCUUGUAUCAGCUUUUCGCUGGAGAGACGGUGCAUAUCUGGUGCUUGAAUAUGCCUCGAGAGGGGAUCUUCAUAGCCAUAUCAAGGAGCACGGCUCUCUCUCUGAAGCCUCGACGAGGUUCGUCGUCGGAGAGGUGGUGGCAGCCUUGUGCAGUAUCCACGACAACGGGUUUGUGUUUGGAGAUCUAAAACCGGAAAAUAUCCUCAUCACCGAGAGUGGUCACAUCAAGGUUGCUGACUUUGGUGCCUGCCGCCCGGUCUCGGAGCCUGCGAAGAGCUCUCUCAACAGUAGCCGCGAUGCCCUACACACGCUGAGGGAUGGAGACUGGAGGGUGAAGGCGGGGCUACCACCCAACCCUUUGUACACGGUUGGGUUUGGGCGCAAAGACGGUGAUACCGACAGCGACAACGACGUCGUAGAGCAGGACGGCGAAGGCGCGAGCGCGGGAGAGGAAGGAGAGUCCAGGGCGGAAGGAACUGCAGCGUAUAUGCCUCCAGAGGUUGCUCGUGGAAGCUCCCCUGGUUUCGGGGCUGAUGCCUGGGCUUUGGGCUGCGUGACGUUCUUGUGUCUGUCCGGCCGCCCUCCUAUUUUUGCGGAAACAGACGAAAUAAUUAUGGCCCGGAUAGUACGGUUUUCGUCCGGGGACGCCGGUGGAAGCGCAGGGGGAGGCAGCGAUCAUCCGGUUCUUCCUCCCGCUGUCUCCGAAUCUCCACGAUUGUUCAUCCGCGCGCUCAUGGAGCCCGACCCGAAGAUUCGACUUGGAGUUGAGAAUGCAGCGAAGCACGAGUUUCUUGCUAAAGGAGGGACAGACGUGUUUCUGCUUCAUCGCCAAAAACCUGUGGAGCUCGCCCAGGGUGCUGUUGCGCCCAAUCCGCAUGCAGCAUGGUCGCGCAGACAGAAUUCCAUGAUUUGGGCGCCAAUGCCUCAGGAGUACAGGUUCGAUGCUGUUCCAAAGGAGCUGGCCAUCAUCGUAGAAACGGAGGUGGAACGCGGAGGAGCGUUCGAUCAGCAGUUCGGUGGUAUUCGGGAACCCCCCGUUGCCGGUGCUUGAAAGAGAGAUCCGUGAAAUAGAGCCCGAAUUGGCCUCGUGUUCCUGUUU